AUGGCGGCUGGGGAUCCCGAUGGACAUGGCGUGCAGCAGCAGGGGCUCCCCAUGGACAUGGCGCGUGACGACGGGUGCUACCAAUGGCUGCUAGGAGCGGGAGGGCCGGAGGCGGCUGAGGCUCCCGAUGGCCAUGCUAGCUUUGGCUCUGGUAGGCUGCGCUCCACGGGUUCAGAUCCUCUGCAGUACUAUGCAUUUUACAAGCUAUUCACAAGCUUAGGCAGCUGCUGUUCUGCUGGACCUUCAGCACUGAUCUACGAGGAGCUUAGAAUAGCUAAGCAAAGAAACCAGGGCCAAUGUGUCCCAUCAGCCAUCCUGAGCACGGAGAAAGGAUGGGGCCUAAACCUCGGUGAGCUAGCCAGGAUCUGCAAGGGUGGGUGCAUCAUCCGCGCCAGCUUCCUGGACCGCAUCAAGAAGGCCUACGACAGGAACGGUGAGCUCGCCAACCUCCUCAUCGACCCUGAGUUCGCGCAGGAGAUCAUGGAUAGGCCAGCUGCGUGGAGGAGGGUCGUCUGCCUCGCCAUCAACAAUGGCGUCAGCACCCCCAGCAUGUCCGCAAUUCUGGCCUACUUCGACUCCUACCGGAGGGACAUGCUUCCAGCGAACCUCGUCCAGGCCCAGAGGGACUACUUCGGGGCGCACACCUACGAGACGGUCGACAUGCCCGGCUCAUUCCACACCGAGUGGUACAAGAUCGCCAACUCAAAGAUCUAA